GUGCAGCUCUUCAUCUUCCUCAUCCUCUUCAGUUCCAUUUCUUUCUUGAUACAAAUGGCCUCCAAUGAAAAUCGCUCAACAAGGCAACAAAGGGACUGUCGUGUCAAACCUGGAAAAUAUGGAACAAAUCUAUCAACAUCGACAGAUGGCGAAUUCAUCCAGUUUGAUGAAGGAUGGGAGUUUCUGCAGAAGGGGAUCACAAAGCUGAAGAGGAUCCUAGAAGGACUACCAGAAACUCAGUUCACCUCAGAGGAAUAUAUGAAGCUCUACUCCACUGUUUACAAAAUGUGUACUCAGGAUCCCCUUGAUGAUUACUCUCAGCAACUUUAUGACAAAUAUCGGGAGACAUUUGAGGUUUACAUUAUUUCAACAGUGCUGCCAGCUCUAAGAGAAAAGCCUGAAGAGUCGAUGCUGCAGGAACUUGUCAAAAGAUGGAAAAAUCAUAAAAUUAUGGUAUGGUGGCUGUCACGCUUCUAUCACUUUAUUGAUUGCUACUUCAUCGCAAGGAGGUCACUUCCCACCCUAAAUGAAGUUGCACUUAAAUCCUUCCGGGAUUUGGUUUAUUGUGAGGUGAAUGCUAAUGCCAGAGUUGCUUUGAUUGAUCUGAUUCACAAAGAACGCGAAGGAGGGCAGAUCGACAGAGAGCUAGUGAAGAAUGUGGUAGAACUGUUGGUUGAAAUCGGAAAUGGGAAAAUGGAUGCUUACGAGAAGGACUUGGAAGCUCACAUACUGGAAAACACUAGCGAUUACUAUUCUCUUAAAGCAUCAAGUUGGAUUAUAGAGUAUUCUUCUCCAGAUUACAUGUUGAAGGUCGACGAAUGCUUGAGAAUGGAGAGGGAGAGAGUUGCUCAUUACCUGCAUUCAAGCAGUGAGCAGAAGCUGGUGAACAAAGUUAAAGAUGAGUUGUUGGUGGUUUAUGCAAACAAUGACAUAAAGUAA